CAACAAAUAAUGCAGCUCUGGUAGUCACGUUCACCAUUCGUCGUCGCUGUCCUCUCGUUGAAACAGGGAUCACGCGUCUCUCGUGCAUCCAUGAGCCAAGCAUCAAAGGUAUAUGAGAAACAUCUGUAAUGGUUACAACAGCAAUGUCGAUCCCCCUCCCAGACACAUCAUCAGUCCCUUCUCAUGCUCUGGACGCCCUUCAAGAAGACGCCCUUCUACCGAUAUGUAAAACGUGUGGAACGCAGUACCCUUCUCCUCGUGAUGAUUGUCCGAUAUGUGAAGAUCCGAGGCAAUGGGUCCCGGCAAGCGGACAGGCGUGGACGUCGCUCGCCGAUCUGGGGUCAAAGUCCAAACACUCCCUUUUGCCUGACAAGGAAGAUGUCAGAAUCUCCCAUAUUGUCACUGAGCCAGCAUUUGCCAUUGGCCAAACGCCGUUUUUAAUAGAAACGGCAGGAGGAUCAUAUAUUUGGGAAUGCUCGGCAUUUCUUUCACUGGGACUCAUCGGACAUCUGUCGGAGCUUAAGAAACCUCUGAAGGCUAUGGCAAUUUCUCAUCCUCAUUUCUUCUCCUCAUCUUUGACGUGGUCACGUGCCCUCAACAUUCCACUCUACAUCUGUGCCGCUGAUAAGGAAUGGUAUAGUCGAAUCGGAGAUCUCAAGGACAGCGAUGAUGUGAGACUCUGGUCAAGAGAAACGGAACUUGGUCCAGGGGUCAAGCUCGUUCAGUGUGGCGGGCAUUUUCCCGGAUCAUGCGUUUUUUAUUGGGACCGCCUCUCCGAACCGCCUCCUUCUCCUUCUAAUCUCCCUACUAAACCAACUCCUGUAUCCGGCAUAAUCUUCACCUCUGAUACGCUCAUGGUACAGCCUAAUCAAACUCACUUUACUUUUGCAUGGUCUAUACCCAACAUGAUUCCCAUGCGUCCUAAAGCUGUCCUGAGAAUUAAGGAGAGUUUGAAGGGGGUAGAGUACAGCCAGGCGACGAGUAGCUGGCCGGAAAGAUGGAUUCGGGAAGACGCCAAAAAAGCGUUGGAAGAGAGUGUUGUAAGAUAUCUCGGGGCCGAAGGGUGGAGAUUUGAAGGAGAUAGCCUGUUCGAGCUCGUCACCCAAUAAUUAUCUUCUUUUUCUCAAUGUGACUGAAGCAGAUCUUGGAAUUGAGAUCCUGCUUGAGACAAAAUUGGGAUGGUGAGUCGGUGUCAACGUUGCCAGGUCGUGUGCCUAUGUAUCAUUCGAUUAAUCAAGGUUACUGAGAAGGAUGAAUGCAAUCGUUAUGAUUUUUGACGUGUCCUGCCCAA